GGAAGGGGUCAUUCAAAUAAAUAGUUGAUAAACACACCUGUAACUGAGUUGUUGAACAAAGAAGGUGACAGCCUUUAGCAAGGACCAGGAGGUUAUUAUCAUGGCAGGGAAACCCAUGCUUCACUACUACAAUGCACGGGGCAAGAUGGAGUCCAUCCGGUGGCUGUUGGCUGCAGCUGGAGAAGAGUUUGAGGAGAAAUUUAUGAAAAGUCGAGAAGAUUUGGAGAAGUUAAGAAAUGAUGGGGUAUUGAUGUUCCAGCAAGCACCCAUGGUUGAGAUUGAUGGGAUGAAGCUGGUGCAGUCCAGAGCUAUUCUCAACUACAUUGCCAACAAACACCACCUCUAUGGGAAAGACAUAAAGGAGAGAGCCCUGAUUGACAUGUAUGCAGAAGGUGUGGCUGAUUUGAACGAAAUGAUUAUUCUUUACCCAUUUGGUCCACCUGAGGGAAAAGAUGCAAGCCUUUCCCAGAUCAAGGACAAGGCAAAAACCCGCUACUUUCCUGCCUUUGAAAAGGUGUUGAAGAGCCACGGACAAGACUACCUUGUUGGCAACAGGCUGAGCAAGGCUGACAUUCUCCUGGUUGAACUUCUCUACAACGUGGAAGAGAUCGACCCCACCAUCAUCACCAGCUUUCCUCUGCUGCAGGCCCUAAAAACCAGAAUCAGCAACCUUCCCACCGUGAAGAAGUUUCUGCAGCCUGGCAGCCAGAGGAAGCCUCCUGUGAGUGAGAAAAGUGUUGCGGAAGGAAAGAGGAUUUUCUUUUAAAUAAAGCAGACAUGGACACCAAGGGCAUGUAAACCAAUCUUCUGAAGUCUUGGCAAAAGUAAAUUCUGAUUCCAGCCACGUGAAGCUAAUAAUCUUUUCCAAUUUGCAUAUAUUAAUGAAGCAGUAAAACUCCUUUGAGCAGACUUAUUAAAAUAUAUAUUCAAUUUCAUUAUUGCUUGACAGGAAAUCAGAUUUCCAAUCUCCUUCUAGGCAUUUUUUUUGGAAUUAAAACAUGAAAAAAUAAAAGAAAAUGUUAGGUGGGUUUUUAAUGACUUAGGAGAAUUGUCUGAUAACAUCUAUCAUAUGGCUUAUGAAAAAGUAAAAAAAAAAAAGGAAUUCAUAUCAGCCAUUCUCAGAUAUGUACAGGAAAACAGCUAACAUUCUAGAAUUGGCAUAAUUAAAUGUCCUUAUUUCUGCUAAUAAAAAUGUUCCUUCUUGUGCGUUA